GGGAAAUGAUAUGGUGACGUUAAAAACUGGUGACAUGCGCUGCUAUUAUUCGGAAACAUAUGAUAAUCUAAAGAUGUUCCCAAGCCCACAGUCACACGAUCCUCGCCGGUAUUUUCCCUGGUUCUGCCCAUGUUUCCUUAAUGACUCAGUGCUACGUGGGAGGAUGCCUUUGAUCUGAGUUAACGUCAGGAGGAGGGCUGGGCAAAGAGAUGCAGAAAUGAAUAAAAAGCCAUCUGGGCAUGUUGCAACAUAUCCCAAGAAAACAGCCUAGCACAGAUUGGAGGAGAGGGAAGAGAGAGAGAGAGAGAGGGAGAGAGAGAGAGAGCAAUGAACUAGAAAGAGCCAUCAUCCCAAGUUCUUAGCACAGCUAACAUUUAGACUGAAAGGGGAGUCUGGGUCAAACAGCAUGCCUGAAAUGAAUGGUCAAACCAUCCUAAAGGAAGGGUUGUUGGAGAAAAGGAGCGACGGCUUGCUGCAGUUGUGGAAAAGGAAAAACUGCGUCCUGACAGAUGAGGGGCUGUGCAUCUACGAGCCGAAGACAAGUCGGUCGAAAUGCAAGGUGCUGCCCUUCGACAACAUGAAGACGGUGGAUUGCGUGGAGAGGAAAGGCAGAUAUGUCUACUUCACCAUCGUGAUGGCCGAUAGCAAGGAAAUUGACUUCAGGUGCCUGGAAGACACGACGUGGAAUGCGGAGAUCACCCUGGGGAUGGUGCAGUUUAAAAACCGCCAGGCGAUCCAGUCGGUGAAAUCCAGACAGUUGGCGCACAUCUGCACGCCAACAGCCAUCAGUACAAUGUCUUGAUCCAAAGACACGGAGGUAUCAUUGAUAUGCAAAAGCAAUGAACAAAUCUUGACCUGCAACCAAACAAUGCUGAAUGGGACAGGAUUAAUUUUGUGUCUGCAUCCAUCGCAAGAAUACACAUCAAUUCAACCAAAUGACAAUCAUGACUUGAAAUGGAUGUAUUUUCAUGAGAAGGACUGUAUUAUAAUAAUCUAGAGACCAGAUUCAUUAUUCACAAUAUGCUUCUCAGUCUUAAUUUUUCUAUUCUUAUUUAUUAAAUGACCAAUACUCACUGUAGGAAUGACUUCAUGAAAGUCAUGCAUAAUGCAUUGUAAAUUACUGAUGCCUACUUUAUUUAUUGAGAUAUAUUGUCUUUUCAAUGCUUGACAUUGUGGUUUUACUCUGCCAAAUGGGAAACCUUGUAAUCUGUAUGAAGAUUGUUUUUGUCUGUUAACCUGUAAAUAAAAAUAAUGAUGAACAUGAA